CACUUCAUACACAUGCACCAAUUUAUUUACACAAAUCCCUCUCCCUCUCUCCCCCUUCUUCGCUCUGCAAAUACAGCCAAACACCUACCCAACCUUCUUCUUUUCACUUCUUCAGCUGCUCAUCAUUUGUUUAUUAAACUUUUGCUUCUUCCAUACAUAUCUUUAAUACUCUCUUUCUUGCAAACUGGAAACAACUUCAACACACUGAUUUGUGAUGUUUGAGAUCUGAGACUAAGGGCUGUCGCUUCCAGGGUUUCUGACGAAAGAUUUGUUUUUUUCUUGGGAAAGAGCUGUGAUGGGUUGGUGUUCUAUUGGUUUAUAGCAUAUUCUUGAGUUUUUCCGAUUUGGGAUUUCUCAAUCGAGAGACUGGAGAUUUAUAAUUGCCUCUUCCUAUUCCCUGCUAUUUGGGUUUUUAAAGUUGAAAAACUGCUUUUAUUUCGUGGCUGGUGUUGUGGGCUAAAAUUAGAAUUUGGUAUGGGGGGUGUUGGAUGGUAUAACGAGGAUAAAGCCAUGGCGGCGGCGGUUUUGGGGACUAAGGCUUUUGAUUACUUGAUGUCAAGCUCAGUUUCUGCUGAAUGCUCAUUGAUGGCGAUGGGGAAUGAUGAGAAUUUGCAGAAUAAGCUUUCAGAUCUUGUGGAGCACCCAAACGCUUCUAAAUUUUGUUGGAAUUAUGCCAUCUUUUGGCAGCUUUCUAGGUCUAAGUCGGGAGACUUGGUCUUGGGAUGGGGUGAUGGGUGUUGCCGAGAGCCUCGUGAAGAUGAGGAGUCCGAGGUUACUCGAAUCCUCAAAAUGAGACUUGAGGAUGAGUCUCAACAGAGAAUGAGAAAAAGGGUUCUCCAGAAGUUGCAUACAUUGUUUGGGGGGAGCGAUGAGGAUAGUUAUGCUUUUGGAUUGGAUAGGGUUACCGAUACUGAGAUGUUCUUCUUGGCGUCUAUGUACUUUUCCUUCCCUAGGGGAGAAGGGGGUCCUGGGAGGUGCUUUGGAUCGAGUAAGCAUGUCUGGUUAUCGGAUGCGUUGAAGCCAUCUGUUGAUUAUUGCGUUAGGUCGUUUCUUGCAAAGUGUGCUGGCAUGCAAACUAUUGUUUUGAUUCCAACUGACGUUGGGGUGGUUGAAUUAGGGUCAGUCAGGUGUAUUCCGGAAAGUUUGGAGCUCCUAAAGGUGAUUGGAUCAUCCUUUUCCUCAUUUUCGUCGCUUAUCAGGGCUAAGCAAGCUGCGGUGAUAACCGACAAAAAUGAUGCAAACGGCCCCAUUCGUAAUUUGGUGAUUGGUAACCGCCCGGAAGUAGUCCCCAAGAUUUUCGGGCAGGAUUUAAACUCAGGCCGCAUGCAAUUUAAGGAAAAAGUUGCCGUCAGCCACGAGGAGGACAGGACUUGGAAUGCGAGCAAGAUGCCAUUCGCAAACAGCCGGAACGGUUUUCAUGGUGCAACAUGGUCACAGUUUGCCAACGUAAAGCCAGGGAAGGCAGUAGAGAUCUAUAAUCCUCAGACCUCAGCAAAUAAGGUUCCUGAGCUCGUCAAUGGAGCUAGGGAAGAGUUUCUGCUUAACAAUUUUCAGCAUCAAAAGCCGGCACAAAUGCAGAUUGAUUUUACUGGAGCGACGUCAAGGCCCAUAAUCUCCCAUCCACAUAAUGGUGAGUCGGAGCAUUCAGAUAUUGAGGCUUCAUGCAAAGAAGAGCCUGCAGGGCUAUUAGAAGACAAGAGGCCUAGGAAGCGUGGUCGGAAACCUGCCAAUGGAAGAGAGGAGCCUCUCAAUCAUGUGGAGGCAGAAAGGCAACGGCGAGAGAAGCUGAACCAGUAUUUCUAUGCUCUUCGAGCAGUUGUACCAAAUAUUUCUAAGAUGGACAAAGCUUCCCUCUUGGGGGACGCUAUUGCUUACAUCACUGAACUUCAGAAGAAGGUGAAGGAUAUGGAGUCUGAGAGGGAAAGACUUGGAAGCGUACCGAGGGAAGCAUCAGGUUCAGAAGCUAAUCCUAAGGCAGAAAUGCAAGAUACGGCUUCGAGCAUCGACGUUGAAGCUUGCCGUGACAUUGUGACCGUGAGGGUUAGCUGCCCCUUGCGUACCCACCCAGCAUCAAGAGUCAUCCGAGCAAUCAAUGAUGCAGAGGCAACCAUUAUUGAAGCAAAAAUGGCUACAGGGAGUGAGAGGGUUUUUCACACAUUUGUUGUAAAAUCGAAGGGAUCAGAAGGGGUGACUAAGGAGAAGUUGAUAGAAGCAUUGUCCCAUAAGUCCAACUCCUCCCAGCCGAUGUCCUCACUUGGGUGAUGGGAGUCGGGUGUAGCUAACAAAGUUACUAGGCAUAUAUAAGAUAUGCAGUGAAGCAAGCUUUUGCAGAGAUUUUGAUAUACAGCAGUUAAUGUUAGAAGUAGUUGAAAAAAGCAUCCUUUGACGAGCAGCUAGGAAAUAGAAUAUUUCAAUUUGUUUAUAGUAUACAUAUAUAUAUAUUAU